AAACGGAUAUUGUCUGACGGUAAUUUCCUUGUGUCCCGUUCAAUUCUGUCCCCAAAAUGGCGAACGUAGCUGCUGCCGCUGCUGCCGCGGCUGCUGCAGCCGCCGCUGCCGCCGCGAGCAGGGAUCCAGCCGUUGACCGUUCGUUACGAUCUGUGUUUGUGGGGAACAUUCCGUAUGAAGCCACAGAAGAACAAUUGAAAGACAUCUUUUCUGAAGUCGGACUUGUUGUCAGCUUCAGGUUAGUAUAUGACAGGGAGACAGGAAAGCCAAAGGGAUAUGGCUUCUGUGAAUAUCAAGACCAGGAGACGGCUCUCAGCGCCAUGCGGAACCUGAACGGGAGAGAGUUCAGCGGUCGGGCUCUGCGUGUUGAUAAUGCAGCCAGUGAGAAAAACAAGGAAGAGCUCAAAAGUUUGGGAACAGGAGCACCGAUCAUUGAGUCUCCUUAUGGAGAUAGUGUCCAGCCAGAGGAGGCCCCAGAGUCCAUCAGCAGAGCUGUGGCCAGUCUGCCACCAGAGCAGAUGUUUGAGCUUAUGAAACAGAUGAAGCUGUGUGUGCAGAACAGCCCGCAGGAGGCGAGGAACAUGCUGCUGCAGAACCCUCAGCUGGCUUACGCUUUGUUGCAAGCCCAAGUGGUCAUGCGGAUUGUUGACCCUGAGAUAGCCUUGAAAAUGCUCCACCGUCAGACUUCAGUCCAGCCUCUGAUUCCCAGCGGACAGGGUGGAGGAGCACCACCAGUCAACCUACCUCCUGCACAACCCAGCGCGCCAGUGUCUCAGCCGCAGCCUGUGCCUGGAAUGCAUGUCAAUGGAGCCCCUCAAAUGAUGCAGCCCCCCAGCAUGGGUGUUGUCCCUGGACCAAUGUCUGUACCAGGACCAGGACCAACUCAGGGACAAGUUGGACCUCCAGGAAACCUUCAGCAUUCUCCCACAGGAUCGUCUGGGCAAGCUGCUAUCGAGCGUCCUCAAGGACCAGGUGGUAUCCCCCCCAGAGGCCUGCUGGGAGAUGGUCCUAAUGAUCCUAGAGGAGGGACUCUGUUGUCUGUCACUGGAGAGGUCAUUGACCCCAACCGGGGCUACAUGGCAGCUCCACCACCCCACCAAGCCCCGCCUGUACACAUGACCCAAAUGGCAAGUGGACCCCCUCCGGACAUGAGAGGACCUCCAAUGGACAUGAGAGGCCCACCUAUGGGUGAACCACGAAACAUGAUGGGUGACCCCAGAGGGCCCCCGAUGAUGGAGCCGCGGGGACCGCCGAUGGAGACCAGAGGUCGUGACCCGAGGGCGAUGGACGCUCGUGGUCCAGUGACGACACAGAGGGUUCCCAUGGCAGGAGCAAUGCAAGGCCCCGUUCCGCACAGCAUGGGACCAAACGCUCCUCCACCCGCAAGACCGGGUCCUGGUAUUUCUGGUGUUCCCCCAUCAGGAGGCGGCUUCAGUCCAGGGCAGAGUCAGGUCUCUACACAGGACCAGGAGAAGGCUGCGCUCAUCAUGCAAGUCCUGCAGCUGACCCCAGAACAGAUCGCCAUGUUGCCCCCGGAGCAGCGGCAGAGCAUCCUCAUCCUCAAAGAGCAGAUCCAGAAGACUGCAGGAGGAGCACCGUGACGGCCUGACUCGGAAAAAUCUAGAAAGGACUCCACCCUGACCCCGUCACCUUCAGCUUCAACAUGCCUCGUCUUAGUUUGGAACAUUGUAUAGUUUUUUGAGUUUUUUUUUUAAAUCAUAUUGUCUGUUUCCUGUGUGGAAGAGUAAAGUUUGUGCUUAUUGAUGCAAAAAUAAGCAAAACUUGGAUGAUGAUGGUAGUGAAUGUCUAACAGAGCAGAAAUGUCAGGAGGUUUCAUUCUUUUCCUGUAACGCAGACUGUUUUGAAGUUAUUGCUCUGGAAACUUUGUUUGGAUGUUGGUCAAUAAAAAAAAACAAAAAAAAAAACA